UGUUUGAAGUUGGCUCUCAGUUUACCUCGUGUUUUUCUGCUUACGUCGUCGGUUUAGGCUACCUCCUUCCGAACUUUUUCGCCAUCUGUAUUGCCGGCCUGAGCCGCCCCUCGCGAGCAGAAAUCCGGCCCUCAACGAUCGAUAAACCACCGUGGCUGUUAGCCUAUUCUGCACGACGACCUGAUUUGAAAUUCCCCAAAUCCUGAAACCCGUUGGGCUCUUCUCCAGCCAUGUCUGAGUCAACCAGCGCCAAUACCGCGAAACCGAGCAGCAGCGUCAAGCUGGUACUUUUGGGAGAAGCGGCGGUUGGAAAGUCGUCAUUGGUGCUGCGAUUUGUCAACAAUGACUUUCAAGAGAACAAGGAGCCAACAAUUGGAGCGGCCUUUCUGACCCAAAAAUGCUCCCUUCCGACGCGGACGAUCAAAUUCGAGAUCUGGGAUACCGCUGGUCAGGAGCGGUUCGCCUCGCUUGCGCCCAUGUACUACCGUAACGCCCAGGCGGCUUUGGUGGUUUACGAUGUCACCAAGCCGUCCUCACUCACCAAGGCUAAGCAUUGGGUGGCGGAGCUCCAACGACAGGCUAGCCCCGGCAUUGUCAUCGCCCUCGUCGGCAACAAGCUGGACUUGACAAAUGACGCGAACGAGGCGGCUGGCGAAGCGCAGGCCGAGGGGGAACACGAGUCAUCGCCCGCCGACGGGGACGAAGCCACCGAGGAAACCCAGGAGGAACCCGAUGUCUCGAACGGAGACGCUCGGAAGGUGCCGACCCGGGAGGCUAGCGCCUACGCGGAGGAAGAAGGCCUACUGUUCUUCGAAACCAGUGCCAAGACCGGUCACAACGUGGUCGAUGUCUUCACUGCCAUCGCCAAUGCGAUCCCCGAGAGCAGCUUAAAGAGCGGCCGCGGUGCCGGCGCCGGCACUGGGCAGACCAGCCUGAGCGGUGGUCGCCCGGCCGAAGAUUCGCGGGUCAACCUGGGAGAGCGCGGCGCGGCGACGGCCAAGGAAGGAUGUGCAUGCUGAUACCAGAUUGCUUUUUUUAUGGCGUCCUGCGAUUUGCCUUCGUUCGUCUCUUGCUUAACUGUUUUGCUUUUCCGAUACAAUAUCAGGUUGAUUACAGGUUAAUGUGUUCAUCCUAUGGCGGUGGUAACAGCGACCGCUCUGGGAGGGCUGGUUCUACGGUCUGCGCCCGCGUUCCUUGCGGCGUCUGGAGAUUUUAUUCGUGUUGAUGGAUGCGCUACCAACUGUUGUUUUUUCUCAGCUUAUUGUUUUGUACUGUUGGGUCAGAGAGUGGCGAGGGAAUGAUCGGGGAUGUUGUUGUACAGAUGAGAGAAUAAGGGCGGAUUAGGAUUAGGGUGAAAGCGAUCAAUCGACCGGAAAUACCAGCCGUGUAUCCUUCUGUACUGGUAAUGGAGCAAGACUAUAGCCAUAGUCCAAGGCAUAUGAAUUCUAUCUAUC